AUGGGCCUGCCGCGAAUCAGGAGUCUAGUGGCACCGUUGUGCUUCCUACUGUUGGCCAGCAGCUGGCUAGUGAGCGAUGUAGACUGUGCGAAAAAGGCGGGCGGUAGUGCCCCGGCCGCGGCCCCCGAGGCCACGAUCGAGGAAGUUUCGGCGAAGCAGCUGGAGCGGUUACUAGAGGAUAAGGAUUACGUUGCCGUGUACUGGUAUGCCCGUAGUUGUACAACCUGCGACACAGUAUUAGCAGAGCUAGAGCACAUCGACGAUGAUACCGAUUCGUUCGGUGUCGACUUUGUGAAAAUCAACGACAAACGACUUGCGAAACAGUAUGGCAUCGCGAAGUUCCCGGCACUCACCUACUUCAGGGAGAAGGAACCGAUCAUCUACGAGGGUGACCUCAUGGAUGAGGCCGGUGUGCUCGACUUUCUUACCUCGCUGGAAGCGAUGGAUCUGCCCGACCGGAUCGAGGAAGUGAAUGCCAAAAUUCUGUCGAAGAUCAUCGAAGACUCCGACUACGUUGCGGUACUGUUCUGCACUGAUCACGAAAACUGCCCACCCGGAAACAACAACAAGCCGGAAUGUAAGAAGUGCAUCAAGGCCCUGCAGGAGCUGGAAAACAUUGACGACGAGGCGGACCAGCUUGACAUCGGAUUCGUGAAGAUUCACGAUGAAGAUUUGGCUGAGGAAUACAAUCUGGGCCCACUGCCAAAGCUGGUCUACUAUCGUCACCAGACUCCGAUCGUUUACGAGCACGAACUGCAGCGUGAGGAGGACGUGCUGGAAUGGCUGGUUGAGAACAAGGCCACCGGUGACGAUGAUGAUGUCAUCGAGGAGGUCAACGCCAAGACGCUCAAGACUCUAAUCCAGAACAUCGACAAUCUGGUCGUGCUGUUCUAUGACGAUGAAGAUGAGGACUCGGAAUCGGUACUGCAGGAGCUGGAAAACAUUGACGAUGACUGCGCCAAGCACGGUAUCCAGUUCGUGCGGAUCGACGACCCGAAGGUCUCGAAGGAGUACGGCAUCGAUGAGGUCCCCGCGAUCGUGUACUUUGAGAAGCAGAUCCCCAAUGUGUACGAUGAUGAUCUGUCGGAUGAGGAGGAGAUCCUGGAAUGGUUGCUCUCUCAGCUGGAAAAGGACGAGAUCGAGGAUGUCACCGAUGAGAUGCUGGACAAACUUAUCAAGGAAGGCAAAUCGAUCGCCGUUUUGUUCUAUGACAACAAUGACAAGAAAUCGGAAAAGGUUCUGAACGAGCUGGAAAACAUCGACGAUGAAUGCGAUCAGCUUGGCAUCAACUUUGUCAAGAUGGACGAUGUCGAGGAGGCUAAGGACUACGGUGUUACCAAGUUCCCCAAGCUGGUCUACUUCGAGCAGGGUAUUCCGACCGUGUACGAAGGCAGCCUUGACCAGGAAGAGGAUGUGCUCGAUUGGUUGGAGCGCCAGACUAACAGCGACGAAAUCGAGGACGUGACUGAUGAGAUGUUGGACAUGAUCAUCGAAAAGAUGCAGCACGUCGCCGUGCUGUUCUACGACAAGGACUCGAAGACGUCGCAAAAGGUGCUGGCUGAGCUGGAAAACAUCGACGACGAGUGCGAUCAGAACGAUAUCGCUUUUGUAAAGAUCGAUGAUGACAACGAAGCCAAGGAGUGGGGUAUUGAGGAACUGCCUACCAUGAUUCUGUUUGAACGCGGUAUUCCACACAUCUACGAAGGUGAUCUGCAGAGGGAAGAGGAACUGCUCGGCUGGUUGGUACAUCAGAAGCGUCAUUCCGAAAUUCCAGAAAUCACCGACGAAAUGAAGGACAAGCUGAUGCAGAUGUACGAUCACGUUGCUAUUAUCUUCUACGACAAAGACGACAAGCAGGAUAUUCGCGUGCUGAACGAGCUGGAAAACAUCGACGAUGAGCUGGAAAAGGAAGAGAUCGUCAUUGCCCGUCUGGAUAAUGCUGAGGAAGCGCGUGAGUAUGGUCUUGACCAUCUGCCAGCACUGGUGUACUUCGAGAACGAAAUCCCAGCCAUCUACGAGGGCGACCUCAUGAACGAGGAGGAAGUUCUCGAAUGGCUCAAGCUGCAAAAGUACUCGGCCACCAUCGAGGAGGUGACGGACGAGAUUCUGCAGGAUUUGAUCGACGAUCAUGAAUAUGUGUGCGUCUACUUCAGCGGCGAGUGUGAGGAGGGAGAGAAAUGUGACAAAAUCCUAGACGAUCUCGAAAACAUCGACGAUGAGCUUGACGAAGCCGGUAUCAUCUUUGUUACCACCGAAGAUAUGGUCACUGCCAAGAAGUACAACAUUAAGAACAUCCCGUCGCUGGUGUUCUUCCGCAACAAGGAUCCACUGAUCUUCGCGGGUGAUAUGAACGACGAGGAUGAGGUCCUGGCAUGGCUGACCGAUGAGGAGACGCUCGAAAUUCCCGGCAAAAUCGAGGAAGUCAACAUCAAGAUGUUGGAGAAGAUUCUGUCGGAGAAUGAACACAUUGUUGUGUUCUUCUAUCACGAUGACGACAAGAAGGCCCAGAAGAUCAUUGCCGAGCUGGAGAACAUUGAUGAUGAGUGUGAGGAGAAGGACAUCGAUUUCGUAAAGACGUCCGAUGAAGAGAUUGACAAGGAGUACGAUCUCGAAACGCUGCCCGCACUGGUCUUCUACCGCAACAAGUUCCGCACGAUCUACGCCGGUGAUCUGAUGAACGAGGAGGAGAUCCUCGAGUGGGUUCUGGAGCAGUACAACACCAAGCCCGAGAUCAUCGAAUCGGUCGACCGCAAAACGCUGCAAGUGUUGGUUAACGAGGUGGAACAUUUGGCUGUGCUGUUCUACGAUGACGAAUGCGAAACCUGCCCCAAAAUUCUCGAGAAGCUGGAAACCAUCGACGACGAUACCGACAAGCACCAUAUCCAGUUUGUGAAGGCCAACGAUGAGAAGCUGGCCCACGAGAUCGGAAUCUUCUCGUUCCCGGCCCUCGUGUAUUACGAAACCGGUGUCCCGAUUAUGUACGACGGUAAUCUCAAGAACGAAAAACGCAUCUUGCAGUGGCUAAUUGAUCACAAAAGAAAGUACGAUAUCAAGCUGAAGUACGGCAUGGCGCGCGAGCGCGUUCCGGUGGUAUUUUCCGAUCCGGAAGAGGAAGCCCGCAAGGCACUGCUUCUGGCGGAAGCACGUGCCCGUGCCGGCGUUCCGGAACGUUCCAUUUUGCGCCCAUCCACAACAUCGCUGUCUGCGCCAUCCGUUUCGACCAUGUCGGGCACGCUCUGUUCGUUGUACACCGGGCUAGACAAUAAGCUACCGAAACCGAAACUCCGCAAGCGUUACACCGACGAUGUGGAGGAGCUCGAACGGGAGGAUCGUAUCGACAAGAAACGAUCCGGUGGCAAGAAACUAAAGCCCAUCCCGAGGCUCGAUGCGGUCGAACAGCCGAAAGCGCCAGGCACCGGUAAAACCGCCCCCAGCAAGGACACGAAGAGUAAGCCGGGUUCCGCCAAGUCCGCCUCCGCUUCGUCCAGUAAACCCACCAAAGCCAGCGCCAGCAAAUCCGAGCCGACAUCCACCAAGGUGUCGUCUGGUGGCGGUGCGAAAAAGACUGCCCGUGCUGUCGAUGAUGAUGAUGACGAAGGUGACCUACUGAACGAAUACGACGUCCUGGAUUGGAUGCAUGGACAGAAGACGGACGAAAGCAUCCAGGAGGUGGAACGAGACGAACUGUUGAGCCUGAUCGACAGUAAAGACUUCCUUGGGGUUGUAUUUUAUGUUGAGGAUGAUCCAAACACGCCCAAAAUUCUGCGCCACAUCGAGCUGAUCGACGACGAAGCUUCCGACUACGGUAUUCUGCUGGUCAAAAGCAGCGAUCGGUUGAUGGCGAAGAAGUUUGGCUUCCGCAACCCGCCCGGUGUUACCUACUUCCGCAAGGGCAAAUCGAUCAACUACGACGGUGACAUCGACGACGAGGAGGAACUGCUCGAUUGGCUCACCGAUCCGCACAACAUGGAAAUGACCGAUCACAUCGAAAAGGUGAACCGAAAGAUGUUCCAGAAGAUACGCCAAGCGUCCGACUAUUUAGCUGUGUUCUUCUAUAGUGACGAUUGCAAACAGUGUCCACGCGUGCUGGCCGAAAUCGAACACAUCGAUGAUGAGGCGGACGGUGCCGGUAUUAACUUCGUCAAGAUCGACGACAAGCAGAUGGCGAAGGAGCUCGGUGUUUACGCGCUGCCCGGUAUCGUUUUCUUCAAGCUGUCAUCUAAGGAACCUGUCAUCUACGCAGGCGAUCUGAAUGAUGAGGACGAAAUCCUGAACUGGCUUAUGACACAGAAGAACCCUGGCGGUGACAUCAUCGAAGACCUGGACGGCACGAAACUGUUGAGCCUCAUCGAGGAUUCCAACGCACUGGCUGUGUACUUCUGGAACAAAACGACUUGUGAAGCUUGCUUUACAAAGGCUGCUAAAAAGCAGCGCAAAGCGAAGGAACGUAAAGGUCUGCUAGAUGCUGCAUCAUCUGCGGAGGUCGUAGACGAUGGAGCGGCGGAAGAUUCUGCGUCGGAUGGCGAUGUACCAACGCCGACACCACCACCACCACCAGUAGCGGCUGCUGCACAGGCAUCCGUGGAGGAUGCGGACGAUUGUGAGCAGUGUUCGGGUGUGCUAGAAUCGCUGGAAAACAUUGACGACGACUGUGACCGGCAUGGUAUCAUGUUUGUCAAAACGGAUGAUCUCUCGAUCGCGGAACAGUACGGUAUCUCCGAGUACCCGGUACUGGUGUACUUCGAGGACAAUGUGCCGAAUGUGUUUGAAGGUUCGUUGGACGAGGAAGAGGAAGUGCUGCAGUGGCUGAUCACGCAAAAGACCGAAGAUCGCAUCGAGCUGAUCACACGCGUUAUGCUGGAAUCGAUGGUCGACGAAACGCAAUACCUGGCGGUGUACUUCUACAAAACCAAAUCACCCUCGUACUGCCGAAGUUUUUGUUCUGCGGAAAACAUCCGCAAGCGAAAGGAAUUUGCACGGGAAGGAAUUUCAGACAAGAUCAACUGCAACAUCUGCGAUCAAAUCCUGGAGGGUUUGGAAGUGAUCGACGACGAGCUGGACGUGUUCGGUAUUCACAUGGUGAAGAUUCAGGAUCCACAGCUGGCGAAGCGCUACUCCAUCAAGACAUUCCCGGCGCUAGUGUACUUCAGAAACGGUAACCCAUUGAUCUACGAAGGUGAUCUCCAGAACGAACAGUCCGUACUCGAGUGGUUGGUUGAUGAUGACAAUCGUGAACUGGCAGAUGAAAUUGAGGAAGUUAACGAGCGUAUGCUGGAUCGUUUAAUGGAACAGUCGCCGCUUCUCUGUGUGUUUUACUACGAUGAAGAUUGUGCCGAGUGUGAUGACAUCCUUGAGGAGCUGGAACUGAUCGACGGUGAGGUAGAUCUUUACGGCAUUGACUUCGUCAAGGUCGCCAGCCUGGAUGCGGCUCACAAGUACGGCGUUACGACAAUUCCGUCGCUCGUGUACUAUCGCAAGCAAAUCCCGAUGCUGUACGAUGGGGACAUGCACGAUCACGAGCGUGUCAUGAACUGGUUGACGUCACAGGAUGUGUUCGAAAUUAAAAACGAAAUCGAAGAAGUUAACCGCAAGAUGCUGAACAAACUGCUCGACGAGAAUGAGUUCCUGGCCGUCUAUUUCUUUGAGGAAGAUCACGAAGAAAGUGAGGCGGUGCUGGAAAAGCUGGAACUGAUCGACAGCGAAACGGAUAACCUGGACAUUACGUUCGUCAAGAUGGGUGAUCCACGGUACGCACGCAAAUGGGGCGUCACCAAGCUGCCCGCGAUCGUCUACUUCCGCAAACGGUUCCCCAGCAUCUACCGGGGUGACAUGUACGACGAACAGGACGUGCUCGAGUGGUUGCGCAAGAACCGAUUCCGUCAGCCGGAGCUGAACAUCUUCAUGUACGCACUGAUCGCGCUCGGUCUCGGGUUCGUCAUCUACACUGCAUUUUUGCUCCAGUGCUUUAAGCCUGCCCCACCCGCACCGGUGCCCCAUCCGAAGCAGAACUAAUAACGCGCUUCGCGCCGGCUGGCACUAGGGUACAUAUUCUUCCAGAAUAAUAAACGUUAAUAAGGUGCAAACACGAUCAGGUUGAUCAUGUUUGUCCCAAGGAGGGGGGGAGGAGAAAAUGACAAUUAGAAAGCCGAUUUUAAUGUGAAGUGUGAGUGAAGGGAAAUAUACUUUUACACUCGUCUCGCGACAUCAUCCACAUCCAUCUCUUCCCAUGAGUUCCCUGACGCAUCCUUGAGUUCCAUGAUCUACAAAAAACUGCCCCCAAUAAGAACAAAAAACAAACGCACUACCGGAUGGGUUUGUAUUAGAGAUGGUUUAAUUUUGUUAUAUAGAAGAAAACACAAACAAACGUUUGCGAACAUUAUGCGAGAAGGAGAAACACACAAGACCAAACAAGAGAAAUAAAUUCGAUAAAAAUUAACAUAACAUUUUCUCCACUGUGAUCAUACUACUCUGAUGAUGAUAAUAAUAACGAACAAGACGACAUAACCCCAUAAUAAUACGCAAGUAUCCUUUGGAGGUGGGAAAUCACAGGGAAUUAAAGAAAAAAAAACAAGAAGAAGUAUAAAGUAAGCAAACUUGUAAGCGUUUUCCCAAAAAGAGAGAAAAACUGUUGAACGGUAGAAAGGAACAAAAAACAAACACACAAAAAAACAAAACACAUUACAUGGUAUAAACAUACAUACGAAAACGAAAUGCAACGAAUUGUUGAUUGUUGAUGCACCUGGUACAUUUUUCCUCCCCAAUUUGGAUAUCAAAAAACAUGAAGCCCAAUGUGGGUUUUAAUGUUAGCGAGCUACUAGUAGAAGCGGUGGGUCCGUGUGUCUCGGUUCAGAGUGAAAUAAAAAGAGAGAAAGCGAGAGAGAGAGAAAAGUAAAUUAAUUUUCUGUACCACGACGGGGAUGUGAGCCCUUUUUGCAAUCACGUGCAAAGACUCGCCAUCACAUCCCGGUGAUCGGUGUGGCGGUACCAAAACGUUGCGAAUAAUCGAAAAGACAUACGUUAACCGAAACGAAGAUGACGACAAACGACAGACCGAUCGGGAUUUGUUUCUGUAAAAAAAAAAACAACCGUUGCUGUGUUCUGCUGUUUUCAUCUAGUUAG